GACACUUUGCCACCCUCCUUCCGUCGUCCAGAUCGAUGACAUUCAGAAUUCUGCAGCGACGGACGGUCGGACGGACGGACGGACGGGAGGUUCUGUUCGACUGCGAUUUGAAUUCUGAUCGGGCGCGUCUGGUCAUCGUCAUCAUCUUGGAAACAAUGCUUGCAGCAGGGGAACGGGGAGGGUGGAACGUUGGCGACAUUCGAUUAUUGUAAUCUUUCUCGAAUCGAAUUUGAGUUCGUCCCGCUUCUUCGAGUCCCCGAGCGCGAGUGAGGAGCGGCGGGCAGGGCAGGGGAGUGUAUACGUAUUCCGAGGAUUGCACUGACCGACGAUCAUUCAGCCUCCUCCUCCUUCUGCUGCUGCCGCCGCUGCGGAUUGAUCGAUCGAUCGAGAGACAGACAGACUUGAAGCUGGUUGAUAGAGCGAACGGUUCGACAGAUGUUUGAUUUCAGUCUCGUGGUACUAUCCAAGGUUCUGAAGGAAUCCAUUGUCUGCAAAGACUGGAGGAUUUUUGUUCUGAUCAGCUUUCUGAUCGUCAUUGCCGGCGAGUGAGCCAGUGAGUGAGUGAUCAUCGACGCCGGGUCGCCUGAUGAGUUUUGAGCGGGGCGGGAUAGCCGGAGGAGGAAAGAUUUUUCAUCAUAGGUGGAAUUGUUUGCAAGGAGUGCGAGUGCAUAGAUGACGUGCUUCCACCCAUGCACACGGCAAGACGAGAUGUCGUAGGCGUCAAUUUGAGUCACCAAUUCGAGAGAACUUCGCUUGGGAUGAGUUCUGACCAGGGCUCUGUUGGAAGACAACCGGAAGGCAGUGAGACCACUGCCAGCAGUCAACAGGGUGUAAGUAAAGAGGACGAAGAUGAUUCUGCAGCUGAGGUCGGAGGGAGCUUCGUGACUCUUAGUGGCGAGCCCCAUCCUGAGGCUCCUGCUGAUUCUUCCGAGGGAGCUGCUUUGUUGAGCCCGGGUUUCCGAUCGGUUGCUGCUAUGGCAGGGUGGGAUGACGAGGCCUUAAUGAUGGCUGCGCUCAACCAGAGCCCAGCAGUUGCUACGGGUCCCCAAAAUGUCGAUGAAUGUGAACCACCCUGUGCAGUCCCUGAUAGUCCAGUCUGUCGUGAUCGAAAGCGAGACAAACGUACCCCCUUGAGUUCUGCCAGAAGGCACAGAAGGGUUCGCUGGCAUGGUAACAACGGAAGUCCGUUAGUACGAGUUCCCAUGAAAGCUCUCCCACUUCUCUCGGAUAGUGACAAGGGCAGUAACAAUGUUGAGGAAGAAAAUUGUCACUGCUCGUCCUCAGCGAAACGAGACAAAGAGAACAUGGUUCCUGGCACGUCCAUGGGGAGAAAGAACUCAGAGUCAAAAGGAAAGCUCAAGGAGAAAACUCCAAUGAAAGAGAAAACUCCAACGAAGCCGCCCUACAUGGAUCAGCUGCGAGAAGAGUUGUCUUGUGCUGUUUGCCUAGACAUUUGUUUCGAGCCUUCGACGAUAUCUUGUGGUCACAGCUUCUGUGGAACAUGCUUGCAAUCUGUACUGAAGAUGUGUGGACCAAAAUGUCCAAAAUGCCGUCAGCCUUUACGGAGCGAGACUUUGAGGAGCUGUCGCAUCAACACAGUACUUUGGAACACCAUCCAAAUUCUUUUUCCCCAAGAAUGUGCGGCGAGACAGACAGAUAAGCAAACGCAGCAAGAUCAGGAGGAGGAAGCCGGUUUAGUCGCCAAGAAUGGCAACGGCAGUCUCGGUGUUAGGCCAUCAAGAUUGCAGCCGUGGCGUAGCUCAAGUUCGGCGUUUUCGUCAACCGUGAACAGAAUUAGCGUGAUGGGAACUUUGAGGAGCUCUUUUCAGGCAGCUGCUCAGUUCAUAGGUGACGAUAGGGAAAUAGGAUCAACAAGGCGUGGCGACGACGAAGUGAGACACGUAAGCACCUCAAGUGGCCCUGUCUCUCAACAGGAGAUCGCAUCCCAGAGAAGCCAAAGUAGAAGUGGGAGGAUCAGGCGAGCCAGGCAGGAACAGGUUGAUGCAGCUUUAGCUGCUAGAUUACAGCAAGCAGAGCUCAUGAUGGGUUCUCGUGUGGAGGAGGCUCCCCUUGAAGAGCCAAGACAAGCUGCAUAUACCAGAAGUUGGAACCAUAAUCGGCCAAGAUAUGGCGGCACUGUGGCUUUGGCUGCUGCUAACCUUCGGACUGUUGCAUCUAGAGCUACGCGACAUCGGACUAGACCACAAUCUUGAUCUCGAUUAAGAAAGAAAAUCAGGACUGGAUUAUUCUGAAGAUCUAUCGCUUCUUGCAGCAGGUGCGAACAUACUUUAGUAAAUUACAUACAUUUUGAGAGGCGGAUGGGGAGGACAAAUCUAAGAUGAGGACUAGACCCGAGUAAAGGAGAAGAUUCGACGGCUUUGUUCGCAAAAGUGAACAGCGUCGAGCUCUCGAAGUAUGAUGUGCUUGACUCGGCAUCAGGUGUAAAGCUCACUACACCGACAACCCUGUAAUUACAGCAGGCUGGGACCCAUCGUUUUGUAACCUUCGUUGGAACUGAUCCACUCAGCGAAUAGUAACGAAAUUACGUACGCACAUUGCAGGCUCCCUGGCAUGACAUCCCUCUUUGCUAUCUAAGCUACCACUAGGUGAGAAAUUUAUGUGUCAAAAGUGAAUUUCCCUUAGUAUCGCUCUAAACUCUAGAAUGUUGGCCUCAGAGAGCUGUGUCUUAUGGAAUCCAGGAGUUCUGUCGACGUAGAAAUGUAGGUAAUGUCGAAUUCGUAGCGAAAGCAGUCAUAGGUAUGCCUGCUCCUUUUCCAGAUAUGGUGGCAAAAGGUCUGAUAGAACAGGUAGCCAUGAUGUGUAAUGGAAAAGGAAUUGUAAACGAGAAGCAUAUGAUUUCCAAAAUGUACCAGUUCUCCUGUAUCAUAGUUUUUGGAUAAAUAAUUCCUUGACUGCAAAAGGUGCCCACCCACAUGCUUUUAAAUUCCGUUUGAUGUCCUCUUACUAGACUAUUUUCAAAAGCUCAGGACUAGCUUAAAAGAUAUCGCUGAAACUCUGCGGUCAUAACAGUUCCUGACAAUGAACAUAUCACGGCAGCUUUUGGAACCCUACAUGUAGAUGUUCCGAUCACCUCCGGGUAAAAACCAGGUCGUGAACAAUUCACUUGCACUUGCUUUCCCUUCGUUUUCCCUUCGUUAUUUUACCGCACGUUCACAGAACUAUUCUGUCCACUUUCUGCUGAAGAGACCAGCUACUUCCCGUCAGAAGACCACCGGACCUGCACGAAGAAGAUUGAAGGUUUUUGGAUAACAAAGUAGGAGCCAGAUCAAAUGCCAUGAUUUGCACGUAGGUCCUUGGCGCCUGUA